AGAAAAAAAGAGAAAUAACAAAAACGAACAAACAGAAGGUGGAAAGAAGUCAAAAGAAAAUAACUUCGAAAACAAUGGCGACCAACAUGUUCCCGAAGACGAUAAUAUUUAUAUUAUUUUUGACGAUUUGUCAGGGAACAAAUGCGGCAAUCAAAGACAAGAUACAGUCAGAUGAAAAUAACGCGGACACCGAUACAAAUUCGGAAAUUCGUGAAAAGACUGUGCCAGAUUUGGAAUUGAUGCAAAAUCGAAAUCAACAUCAUCGUAUGAUGAACACAAUCCAAUCGAUAAGGAGGCAUUCAAAAACGAAGCGACGUAUGAAAAAAAGAUACAAAUGUUAUGUGUGUGAAUCGUCAGAUUGCCACAAUUUACCCGAAGAAGCGUCACACAUCUGUACAAAUGCGUUGCAGUGUUGGAAAUCGCGUGUGCGUGAUGCAUUUGGGGUUGAAACGGUUUCACGUGGAUGUACAACACAACAUGAUCAUUUGCCAUUUUACUGUAACAACUAUGCGCAUUCAUCAUCGCCAAAAAAACGAGACACAUCCGGCCAAUAUAAUAUUGAAUGUUGUGUUGGUGAUUAUUGUAAUAAUGGCACAUUUCCAGAAUUACCACCAUUGCCAAAUGACGAUCACGAUGCGACCCACAUCAAUUCGACACGAAAUUACAUUGUUUUAACACUUGGAAUGUUUGGUGCGCUCAUUGCAAUUGUUAUGAUUGUCUGUGUAGUUUUGUACAUAAGACGUCGAACCGACCACAAACGAAUGGUGCCGUCCCGAACCAAACACGAUCAAGAUACAUACUAUGCCGGCGAUGAAUUGCUUCGAGUCACAAGUGCCGGUGAUAGUACGCUGAGGGAAUACAUGCAACAUUCGAUGACAUCAGGAUCGGGCGGAGGUUUACCAUUAUUAAUUCAACGAACACUAUCAAAACAAGUGACACUUAUGAAUUGUAUUGGUAAAGGGCGAUAUGGUGGUGUUUGGCGUGGUAUUUGGCACGGUGAACAAGUUGCCGUUAAGAUUUUCUCCAGCCGUGACGAAGAAUCGUGGAAACGAGAAACCGAAAUUUAUUCAACAAUUUUAUUGCGACACGAAAAUAUUCUCGGCUAUAUUGGUUCGGAUAUGACAUCACAUAAUUCGAGUACACAAUUAUGGGUGUUAACACAUUACUAUCCACUUGGUUCAUUAUACGAUCAUUUACAUCGUUCAGCAUUAUCACAUCAUGACAUGGCCAUCAUUUGUCUGUCCAUUGCCAAUGGGCUGGUACAUUUGCAUAACGAAAUUUUCGGUACAAAAGGAAAACCGGCAAUAGCUCAUCGUGAUCUCAAAUCGAAAAACAUUCUUGUACGUGAAAAUGGAACGUGUGUGAUUGCCGAUUUUGGUUUGGCCGUUAUGCAUAAGCCAAAUGCACCAUUGGACAUUGGAUCAAAUCCGCGUGUCGGCACCAAACGCUAUAUGAGUCCCGAGAUUCUUGAUCAACGCAUAAAUUUGAAUUGUUUUGAAUCGCUACGACGUGCCGAUGUAUACUCAUUUGCACUGAUUAUGUGGGAAGUGUGCAGACGAACCAUUUCCGGUGGCUUUGCCGAAGAAUAUAAGGUGCCAUAUUAUGACGUUGUGCCAUCUGAUCCUGGAUUUGAGGAUAUGCGAAAAGUCGUCGUGAUAGACAGCUAUCGACCGUCAAUACCCAAUCGAUGGAGUUCAGAUAACUUAAUGGAUGGCAUGUCAAAGUUAAUGCGUGAAUGCUGGCAUCCGAAUGCGAAUGUGCGUUUGCCAGCACUUCGUAUCAAAAAGACACUACAAAAAUUGGCCGAGGCAUCAAGCGAUGUUAAAGUUGGUUAUGACGGCGAGAUAUAUGUGUGAAAAAAUAUUGUAUCGAACGCGAUACGAUCGAUUCGCAAACAUCGAUUGAAAAUUUGGCCUUCUUUUUGGAAAAUGCCUUAAAUCAAGAGAGAAUGGAUCGAUACAGAGAUGAUUCGUUUCCCAAAAUAUUGAUAUUAUUUUUAAUUGGCCGAAUAACAAAAACUUAUUUUUAUUAUAUAACAAUCGAGUGAAAUUGUCAAGUCUCACUUGGUUCCUAUAUAGUGAUUGAGCAAGCGAAUAAUAUAGAAUGUGUUGAAAUGCUUGUGUUUUACAAGCCAGUGUAAUGUAUAGUAAAAAAAACAAAUUAUAUAUAUACAAAAAUUAAAAUAGAGUAUAACGUCAUCAAAACUGUCUGAUGACAAACCGACUGAAAAGCAACGAAUCAAUAAGAAACAAAUAAAAUCAAAUCACUCAUACCGACCGUCGAUCAGAAGCAAAUUCAAACCGAAAAACAUGUUGCUAGGCUCAACAAGUUUCCUAUAUUGUCAUUGAUUGAGCACAUUGUCCAUCGUAUUCUUUUUUUAGUUAUUUUUAUUAAUUAGAAAUAGUUGCCAUUCGUUUUACAAAUUGAAAAGAGAUGCAUAAUGAAUAAAUUCAUUAAUUAGAAUUUAAUGAAUAACUAAUAAUGUUAGAUUUAUGUAUUGUUUCACAUCGCAAAUAAUCAAAUAUCUACUCUAAUUUAAAUUAAGCCAGAUAGAUUUGAAAGUAUGAGAAUUGUUUCGUUUCUAGAAAUUCAUUUUCAUUUUAUUUGUCAUUUAAUACACAUCUUGCAUCAUUUGUUCACAUUUUA